UUUGCAGCCAGCAUCAAUCCGGGAAUCAUCUUAUAGUAGGCGACGUGGUUCAAUAAAACAACCUGUGCAGCAGAGGAAAGAAAAAAGCCAACAGAAACUACCAAAGUAUAAGACAAACUAGCCAAAGUUUUUAUGCUUAGUUUUAAUGGACAGAGACCAAAUGGAGCUGCCACCGAUGGUAUUUGCUGAAGCACCCGCUGUCGGACCGGAUUCCUCGGAACUAGUGUGUCCUUCAUGCCGGGCUACAAUAAUGACGCGCGUUGAGCACAGUUCCACCAGCAAGACGCACAUCACCGCUUUGUUGUUACUGAUAUUUUGUUUCCCAUGCUCUUGUGUGCCCUAUUGCUUGAGCUCGUGUAAGGAUGCUCACCACUAUUUUCCUGUUUGCAGUGCGUUCAUUGGUAGCCAUAAGCAUUAACUGGAAUAUCGACUACAAGAAUACUCAACUUUUGACUCGAACAGGUUCAUGCCAGAUAUAACCACCAUCUAUGCACAUUGAAAAUUUGUAGAGAUAUGUUAACAGCUAAAGAGAUGAAAUAUAUUUUUUUUCGAAA